AAAGGUGAAACGAAUAGCAUUUCUUUCACAUCAUCCACUCAGAUCGAGCAGCGAUGCUUCCGAGUCCUGUGACUUCAACUCCAUUUUCGGUAAAGGACAUCCUUAAGUUGGAACAGCAACAUGCUCUUAACCCAAAUGGAUUCGUGGGUCCUCAGUACGACACUGUGCCUCUGCAGUCGCUUCAGCUUCAGUGUAUGCAUAGUACAUUAAGCCGGAGUCUGGAUCUCCUCUACAGUCCAGAGAAACACAGUGUAGUUGUUGGGGAACAGGUGAAAUGUGCUUUAGGUUCAGAUGACUUUGACAUAGUCGGAGAUUCCUGCAGUUCUCCAACAGAAGAGGAGAUGGAUCCCAACGAAGACACAAGUAUAGGUCAGUUCGACGACUCAAUUUGUAACAGUCAAAAAGAUGAAUCACCGAGGGAGAAACCAAAGCAGAGGUUGCGCAGAAAACCCCGAGUUCUCUUCUCUCAAAGUCAAGUGUUUGAGUUGGAAAGACGCUUCAAGCAGCAGAGAUACCUUUCAGCGCCCGAGCGAGAUCACCUGGCUCAUGUAUUAAAGCUCACACCCACCCAGGUGAAAAUAUGGUUCCAGAACCGGAGGUACAAGUGUAAAAGACAACGACAAGAUAAAUCUCUCGAGCUUGCCGGCCCACGGAGGGUGGCUGUGCCCGUGCUGGUGCGAGAUGGAAAACCGUGCCAUGCGACUCCUUAUAAUGUCACUGUAGGAUCCUACCCAUACAAUAACUAUUAUAACAGUUAUGGAAAUAAUCCAUAUCACUGUAACUUCACUUCUGUGCCUUCGUUUGCCAACACAAGCCAAAUACCCAACCACUUUGUGGAUAUGAAUUUGACGUCGGGAAGUGUUGAUGGGAUUCGAACUUGGUGACAUC